GUUGUGUAGGAAGGUGGGAAUGUGUAGGCCUACAAUAGGAAAACUGUGUCACGCAACCUUAACCCACGUUUUGUCACCUAGACCACUAAAAAAAUGUUUCAAUUUUAUACUGCCGCGGACCAUAUCUUACAUACAAUCAAGUAAAGCAGACAAACAGGAUGUUAGAUUUUUUUUUCACAAAGGAAAGGGUUAAUGUUCGUGGGUCUUGUUGUUUAAAGGACAGAACAGAGUCGUGUCCCUUUUCUCACAAGUGUGCAUUAUAUAAGAUGAAAAUGUUGCAGAUUCUUCUGUUUCUUCUGGCGGUACAUCAAUGCAGCUCCAAAAAAUUUGCGCUGCCGAUGGGGUCGGAAGCGGAAGUGGUUGGAAAAUAUCCGGGAUUUUUUAAAACCCGAGAGGAGCUCGAUCUCCUUAACACGGAAUUGACUAAGACCUGGUCCACCAAUCAAGAAGCCUCGGUCACCGCGAGAGCAACAAUGUUUCACGCAUGUUGUGGAUCCAAUGCAACCUACAGAACCUACACACGUCUGUAUGACGUAGAAGGUGUGCUGGUCACACUAGUGAACUUUGCGAACCGACAGCAGGUUUUUCUUACAGAAACUUGUGUAACAAGCAACACCUGCACAUGCGGAUGCGGCUGUACCAUCAUCACUAUCAUCAUGAGCGCCGUGACCCUCAACCCCAGGUACCCGCUGAGCAGCCCCGACCAGUUGACCCUCUCCUACGUCAAGGUGCCCAGCUUCUGCCGCUGCAUGAACAACCUGCCCACCCCGAGGCUCUCGCCUAAAGACGACUUGGACCAACUCCCGAGCGAUCCUGUUGAGUACACCCAAACUGAGGAACCCCAGGCAGAGGAUGAGCCAGAGACAGAUGUAAAGAACGAGCUCUAACGUUUUUAUCUAGUACCUACACCUAGAUUCUAACUGCCUUUUAAACAGAGUUUCUUCCAGGCAUCCCCCCCCCGAAAUUUUUUUUACCCCC